AUGCCUUCGGAAAAGGUGCCGUUUUACGACCCGGUGCCGCCGACGUACGAUGAGGCAUUGGCCGGCAGCAGUCGUGGCUGGGCAACGCAUACGAGAGAUGCCAUCGACGAGCGCAACGCGACCGAGACCGAAUCGCGAUCACUACUGCCUCGGGCCGCCGACAGCUCACAGGGCUCCAGGCGGCCCGAUGGCUAUCGAGCGCCGACGGUGGAAACGGAUGACGAGGACAGCUUGUGGGAUAGCGACAGCGAUGCCGACGAGACGAACCAGGUGCGGCGGGAGAUGGAGGAGCUGGAGAUUGAGGAGCCCGGCCGCACAGGAGGAUCAAUAUGGGGGAAGAGGAUAGGCUUCAACCUGUCGCUGCCGGCGUGGAAGUUCAAGUGGCGCCUAAGAUUACCGCGGAUACGCAUCCAGCUGCCAUCGCGGCCGUCAGCAGCGCCGGCGAACAAUUCAACCGCAGACGAGGCGGUUGAAACGGAGGAUCUCGACAACGUGAGGUCGUGGCUUCGAGACUUUGCCUUCCCCAAGGUCAACAGCAUGAUGAUUAUUGUCACGGUUGCGCGACUACUAGCGCUCGGCAUCGUCAUUGGCUUCAUGUAUUUCCUCUUUGCGAGCGGCAUGCUUAGCGGACUGACCAACGGCAUGAACAAUGGAGGCAUGCGCUUCGAUCCAGAGGAUCUUCGAGUCCACCUGCAAAAGACUGUCGAUCCUAGGAGGAUGCGCGCCGCCGUCAAGAUCUUUUCGAGCUACGCACACAUUGCUGGUACCGAGGGCGACUAUGCGACGGCACUAGACGUCGAGGCCAUGUUCAACAAGGCAGGGCUGGACAUUGUGGAGAUGGACGACUACUACGUCUACCUCAACUACCCACGCGAAAACGGCCGGGCCGUGCAGAUUCUAGAUGAGACUGGCGACAAUGCGGUUUGGACCGCCGCGCUCGAGGAGGUUGAGCGCGGAGGCGAGUCGGCCGGAAAGCAGACUUUGGCGUUCCAUGGACACUCCAAGUCUGGCGACGUCCGGGGACCCCUGAUUUACGCCAACUACGGAGCGAGGGAAGACUACCAAAAGAUUAAGGACAUGGGCGUCAACACUACCGGGGCAAUUGCUCUCGUUAGAUACUACGGCACUCAGACAGACCGCGCUCUCAAAGUCAAGGGAGCCGAGCUGGCGGGCUUUGCGGGAUGCAUCAUCUACAGCGAUCCUGCCGACGACGGCUUCCUCAAAGGCGACGUCGCCCCUGGUGGGCGAUAUAUGCCGGAGGAUGGCGUCCAGAGAGGCUCCGUCAGUCUCAUGAGCUGGGUUGUCGGCGAUGUCCUGACGCCGGGAUGGGAGAGCAAGAAGGAAGUCCCUCGCAUGAAGGUUGAAGAAAGCCAGGGGCUUGUCAAGAUUCCCAGUCUCCCGCUUGCUUGGAGAGAUGCGCAAGUCUUGCUGCAGAACCUCCAGGGCUUUGGCCAAAAGGUGCCGGAUGCUUGGAAAGGAGGCGUGCCUGAGGUUAGUGAGUGGUGGACUGGAAACGAAUCGUCGCCCGUUGUUCGUCUACAGAACGAGCAGGAUGAGAACGAGAAGCAGCCCAUCUGGAACGUAUACGGCAAGAUUAUAGGCAUGGAAACGUCGGCCAAAUCAAUUAUCCUAGGCAAUCACCGAGAUGCAUGGGCAUUUGGCGCGACUGACCCGCACACAGGCACGGCCAUCAUGAUUGAGUUGGCGCGCAUCUUUGGAGACUUGGUUGAUCGCGGCUGGAGGCCUCUCCGUUCCAUUGAAUUUAUGUCGUGGGACGCCGAGGAGUACAACCUCAUUGGAUCUACCGAGUUUGUGGAGAAGAAUGUCGAUGCCCUGCGUGAGAAUGCCUUUGCCUACAUCAACCUGGACACCGUAGUAUCUGGUCAGAACUUCCGCGCUGCCGGUUCGCCUCCCCUCCGAAAGAGCCUGUUCCACGCCAUGGAGCGAGUCGUCGACCCAAACUUCAACACCACCCUCAAAGACCUCUGGGAUCGCAGCGGCAGUAAGCUCGAGGGCUUGGGCGCGGGCAGCGAUUACGUCGCUUUCCAGGACAUUGCCGGUACAAGCUCGCUGGAUCUCGAGUUUGCCGGCGAGCCGUUCCCUUACCACUCCAGCUACGACAACUUUGAUUUGAUGGAGCAGGUUAUUGACCCCGGCUUUACGUAUCACGGCAUACUUGCCCAAGUCGUCGGUCUCAUCAUCCUCGACCUGGCAGACCGGCCUAUUAUGCCUUUUGACAUGGUCAACUACGGCCGCAGCCUCGAGACAUGGGUUAGCGAUCUGGAGUCAUGGGCGAACAAGGAGGCAGAGAAGAAGAAGCACAAGGGUGUUCUCAAAUUCGUGGACCUCAAGGAUGCGGCUGCGACGGUCUCGGCGAAGGCACAGCAGUUUUCGAAGUGGGAGAUGGAAUGGGACCGACUGGUCAUUCGAAGCGGUGGCUGGGAGACGCAGGAGCUGGGCACGGCGCGAAUUGCGUAUAACAACAAGAUGGCUAUGUUUGAGACGGCUUUGUUGGAUUUGGAGCUUGGCGGUGGUAUUCCCAACCGCACACAGUUCAAGCACGUCGUUUUCGGCCCGCAACUAUGGUCAGGCUACGACGAAGCCUUCUUCCCAGCCGUCCGCGAUCUCGUCGACGCAGAGGCCUGGGACGAUGCCAACAAGUACAUUGCUAAGACAGCGGCUCUAAUGAAGCAAGCGGCAGCAGUUUUGGAGAUGUAA